UCUCCAGUGUUGGAGGAGAAAGAUCAGGAGCUGCACUGCUGCAGAAAAGAGACAUUCUGAUGCAAGGCAUCUUCCAACAUGAGGAAUACGCCAGCCUGCUGAAAUCAGGAGAGAUUAAAUAUGACAAUAUGGCAUCCAGAAGAAGCUCAAAUUCUCAGGCAGCCAAGUCCUUUGGUCCUCUCCACACGAACGCAUGUCAUGAAGGAAAAAAGAAAAACGUAAGCAGUGGCUGCUCAGAGUGCGGAAAGAGUUUUAGUCAGCAGCGACGUCUCCAGCGACACCAGCGCGUUCACACAGGAGAGAAGCCGUUCUAUUGCUCAGAGUGUGGGAAGAGCUUUUCUCGCCGCAGUAAUUUUCAGAGACACCAGUACAUUCACACAGGAGAGAAACCGCACCAGUGCUCUGAGUGCGGGAAGAGUUUUAGAGAUUCGGGUUCUCUGAAAAAACACCUUCUCGUUCACACAGGAGAGAAACCGUAUCAGUGCUCAGACUGCGGGAAGAGCUUUAAUCAACAGAUCACUCUCACACUGCACCGGCGCAUCCACACAGGAGAGAAACGGUAUCACUGCUCAGACUGUGGCAAGAGUUUUACCCUGAAGGGUAAUCUCCAAAAACACCAGCGCAUUCACACAGGAGAGAAACCGUAUUACUGCUCUGAGUGCGGAAGGAGCUUCACUCUGCAGAGUAACCUCCAGAGACACGAGCGCGUUCACACGGGAGAGAAGCCUUAUCACUGCUCCGAAUGUGGGAAGCGUUUUACCAUACAGAGUAACCUGCAGAGACACCAGCGCAUUCACACAGGAGAGAGACCGCAUCACUGCUCAGACUGUGGGAAGAGCUACAGGCGUGCAAAUGCUUUAAUGACACACAAGUGCAUUAAAACAGAGGUCGAAACCUAUGAUAUCUGUUAGCAAGUUUAAUAAGCAUGAUUGUCAUUAGUGAUAUUUUUACACAGAAUUGAAACCUGUAUUUUUCAUGUUGACGUUUGUCUUCUAAAUAUCACACUUGUUUAUGUUAUAAGAGUUAAGGUUAAGACCUUUUCUGUGUUAUGUACAGGGUGAUUGAAAAAGAUUCAUCCGAUUUAA